GCUGCCUUGAUGGCCGCCGCCACUGCGCGCGCACAGCCCCAGUACCCAGGCGCAUAUGGCGCUCCAGCACCUAGCCCCGUCCACCGACCACCUAUUCACUUCCGUCCAGCGCCUGUCCAAGUCCGCCCAGCUCCUAGCUACGGCAACCCAGCCCCUAGCUACGGCAACCCAGCCCCUUACGACUUCAACUACGUCGUGAGAGACAACUCCGGUAACGACUUCGGUCACCAGGAGUCUCGCGACGGCUACGACACCAAGGGCUCUUAUUACGUCCAGCUUCCCGACGGCCGCCUGCAGAAGGUGACUUACGUCGUCAACGGCGACUCCGGCUACGUGGCCCAAGUGACCUACGAGGGCCAAGCCCAGUACCCAGCCUACCAGCCCGCCCCAGCCUACCAGCCCGCCCCAGCCUACCAGCCAGCUCCAGCCUACCAGCCAGCUCCAGCCUACCAGCCAGCCCCGGUCUACGGAUAAUUUUAGUCUGCCAGAUACGUUGUGAAGUUAAUAUUAAGGAACUUAUAAUGUGAAGGUAAAAAUAUGUCAAAGAUACCUUUAUAUAUAUAUAGUUAACUUUGAUGUAAAGAUAACGUGUAUGUAUAGCUAAAUUGUUUAUAUGUAACUUUCAUGUACAGCUAAUUUAUAUAUAGAGCAUACCUGUAUGUAUAGUUUUUUUUUGCAGGGAUAUUCCUAAGCUAUACAUAGGCCUCUGGCUGGCCUAUGUGUAACUAACCUGUAUGUAUAGCUGACUUGUAUGUAUUUCUAACCUGUCUUAAUAGCUAACAUACAAAUGAAGAUACUCAUAAUAAUCUAACUUAUUAACAUAAAGAACAAGUAACUUAUGUGAAUAUAGCUGAUCAUAAAAAUUAUAAUUUUUGUUUCUCUAUGUUGUAUUUUAUGAACAAAAU